CUUGGAGAAGAGGGUCCAAACUCAAAAGACGUGAAAGCUGUAAACAUGCCUGCCCUCAGGCCAAGCUGAGGUUUUCCAGAUCCGUUCCUCCUUGCUGUCUCACAGGUCAGUGUUGGAAAUGACCCCCAGCAGACAGUUCCAGUACUUCUUAGUAAAGAUCCAAAAUGUUUAUGGAAUCUUAAGGCCAGCCAGAGCAGCCAGAGCUACAGAGAGACCAAGACAAAUCCAGAAGGCAACAUUUCGAAGGCUGACAUUUUCAUCCUCGGACUCCAUCAUGAAGGUUUCCACGAUGUUUUUAUGCCUGUUGCUCACAGCUGCUGCCCUCAGCAUCCAGGUGCUCUCUCAUCCAGCAUCUAUUGCAACCGUCUGCUGCUUUACUAUGACGGGUAAGAAAAUCUCCUUUCAACGGCUUCAGAGUUACAGAAGAAUUACUGGCAACAAAUGCCCCCAGAAAGCUGUGAUCUUCAAAACCAAAUUGGUCAAGGAUAUCUGUGCUGAUCCCCAGAAGAAGUGGGUCCAGGAUGCUAUUAAGUACCUGGACCAGAAAUCACAAACCUUGAAGAAGAACCAGACAAAUGUUUGAUUCAUUUGAUUCCUGGUCUCCCUGAGUUGUGAUCUGAAGCAACCUUAUCAUUCUAAAAGGAAUGUCUUAUUUAAUAAUUAAAAAUAUUUCACUUAAGUUAUUGGCAGUUUUUAAUUUGUUUCCAUGAGUAUAAGUUGUUUAUAAAGAUUCCACAGUAAAUGAUAUCAUGAAGUGCUAUAAUUAUUAUUCUAUGUAACAUGACAAAUAUAACUAUACUUUAUAUUAAUUAUCAAGACAGCACAUGGUUUAAAUUUAUACAAUGUUACAUGUCAAAUAUGUUCAGUAAAAAAUGAAGAAAAAUGAAAUAAUAUAAAAUGAGAUAAUAUAAAAUGUGAAAUGCUAGUUAUGUUCCUUCCCCUUUGCAAGAUCCAAUUCCUUCCCCUGCCAAGUGAAUGAUGCUACUCCUAUCUUCCUAGAAUCCUAUAAGAGCCUUAGCAAAAAUUAUUAGCAUGAAAAUGUUUGUUAUUUUUAAUAAUAUGUGGCUUUUGUGAAGCAAAGGUGUGAUUUAUAAUAUUAAAUGGAAGCACAUACUGUUUUAUGAAUAUAUAAAAAUGUUUUUCAGUUA